AGGCGGCCCCGGCCGCGGGGAGCUGGGGGCGCUGCUGACUCGCCGGGGCUGCUUCAGUGCCUGGUUCGGGGUUAGGCGCAGGGGAGACUCGCUAGCCCCAGCCGAGCCACCGGAGCUGACGGCGACCCCCCCUCCCUCUCCGCCCCGGUCAAUGGCCCCUCGGAGCGCCGCCGCGCAGCUCCGGGCUCCGAGAGCGCCUUGCCCCGCCGAGCAGCCCCUCUGCGUGGCGUGAGUGCAUGAAGCAGUGAUGGGCAACACGGCGCACAAGACCCUGGCAGACACCAGUCAACAGGCUCGCUCUGUAUCCCACAGGCCUUAUUACACACUGCCUAACAGUAGCCAUGAGAGGCGGUCUGUCCUCACCAUUACUGAACCUCCGCGAUUCCAUUUCCAGGCCAAAGGAAAAAACAUACGCCUGGAUGCCCAUUCCCGCAAAGCCACUCGGAGGAAUAGUUUCUGCAAUGGCGUCACUUUCACCAACCGGCCCAUCCACCUCUACGAGAAAGUGCGUCUCAAGCUGGUAUCUGUGCACCACGGGUGGAGCGGGGCCCUACGCUUUGGCUUCACCACUCACGAUCCAUCGCAGAUGAGCGCAGAUGACAUACCAAAAUACGCCUGCCCAGACCUGGUGACACGGCCAGGCUUCUGGGCCAAAGCUCUGCCAGAGAGGUUUGCACUAAGAGACAACAUCUUGGCGUUCUGGGUCGACCGCCAUGGGAGAGUUUUCUAUAGCAUUAAUGACGAAGAGCCAAUUCUGUUUCACUGUGGCGUCAAAGUCUCUGGGCCUCUCUGGGCAUUGAUAGAUGUCUAUGGAAUCACUCAUGAAGUGCAAAUACUAGACAGCAUGUUUGCCGAGACGAUGACCUCCACCCGUCUCAGCAACGCACGACUCAGCACUUGCCUUCCACAGAGCAGCCACGACUCAGCCAACUUCAACAACAACGAACUGGAGAACAACCAGGUGGUGGCCAAAAUUGCUAAUCUGAACUUGAGUCGUAUGCCUGCGCUGCCGACAGAUAAUCACACCAUCCCUUGCUGUCCAAGCAGGCGGCAGCUUGCCCAAGUGGUGCCUGCCUUUCUCGAUACAGAUCUGCAUUUCCACCCUACUCGUGGGCCCGACAUUAACUUUUCUCAGGACCGGAUGUCUGCCUGCACCAACUGGCAAGAGAGCAAUAGGACUUUGGUGUUUUCCGACCGGCCUUUGCACAUUGGCGAAAGCCUCUUUGUGGAAGUUGGACAUCUGGGGCUGCCGUACUAUGGAGCCCUCACAUUUGGCAUCACUUCUUGUGAUCCGGGUACUUUACGAACAAAUGAGCUCCCAGCUGAUCCAGACUUCCUUCUGGAUCGCAAGGAAUACUGGGUGGUUUGCCGAGGUUUCCCAGUCCUCAACAAUGGGGACACCCUCAGCUUUGUGGUCUUGCCAAAUGGAGAAGUGCACCAUGGCAUAAACGGGAUCAACCGUGGGAUGCUGAUGUGCGUUGAUACCUCGCAGUCACUCUGGGUAUUUUUCACGAUCCAUGGUGUAAUCAAUCAACUCAAAAUAUUAGGCACUGUGCAGUCCAGCCCUGUGACAGUCUCCCCCUCAGGAUCCCCUGGAGGCUCCCAAUAUGACAGUGACUCAGAUAUGGCUUUCAGCGUGAACAGAUCCUCUUCUGCUUCUGAGUCAUCCCUAGUGACUGCUCCAAGUUCACCUCUGAGCCCUCCAGUGUCUCCCGUGUUCCCACCUCCGGAGCCCUCAAGCAGCAAGAAUGGCGAGUGUACCGUUUGCUUUGACAACGAGGUGGACGUGGUGAUCUACACCUGUGGACACAUGUGCCUCUGCAACACCUGUGGUCUUAAGCUGAAGAAACAACUCAAUGCCUGCUGCCCAAUCUGCCGACGGGUCAUCAAAGACAUUAUUAAAAUCUACCGCCCUUGAACCCCAUUUCCAGCCGCCCUGAGGGUGUGUGUGGAGGGGGCGAGGGGGCAGAAUGUUGUUACUCAUUGCCACAACUUACCGUCACCGCUUAUGGGUUAUUGUGCUGGUUACAGAGUGGCUCUUUUGUUUAUAUUUCUGUGUUUUGACCAGUAGGAACCAAUCAGGGAUAAUUAAGUGAUCUGGGAAACACUCUGGUCCUUGCAGAUGCUGAAGGUACAGCUGCUGAGUGGGAAGAGCUUCAUCAAGAUGCUGCUCUGCUGGGUUAAGGUAGGGUGGGGGUGGGGGCUGAGCUCCCCACCCAGCAAAAGAAAAUAGACAGUGAACCCCACUUGGGGGAAAGUACUGGAGAAAACAAUUGUUUGAAUGAAUAAUAAGUCUGGGCACUUCUCCCCACCAUAAUCAUGGGAUAUUUACUGAAUUGCGCAGUUUAAUUACUGAAACAGCACUCAGGCAAUUUCAAACAGGGAGGAAUGAGAGGGGAAGAUUUAACAGAGGCACUGUGGAGUGAAAUGACUCCUGUCAUCUUGUAAAAAGAGUGGGGAAUAGGCAAUGGAUGACAUUUUCUCCCUUCAAGGCACUUUUUCUCAUUUAUGGUUCAACAGGGGAAGCAGGUAUGAGGAAUAGUGAAGAAAAAGCUAUCGAUGUCCUUGGAACACAGCAAGUAAACAAUCCCACUUUCCUUCUUUGUAAGUCACAGAUUGAAGCUUCCUGUUGCACUGAGCAACUGCAAAGCACUUCUGUAGCUGGAGAGUGUUGGUAGGAGUAACCCUCUGCAUGCACAAGAGAAGCAGCUUCUUGCAUGGCGGUUAUGAAUCGUCACAUCAAGUAACCACGCUUAGAACCAAGCUGCAAAGAAAGGAAGCUGAUGGGGAAUGGUAGGUUUCAAAUGUCCAGAGUUCCCACUCUUGAAAUUUGUGCAAACAGCUGAUGGAUGUUUUCCUCUAUUACUCCCCAGAGAUUUUGUCAGUAAAGUAUGCAGCCAUGUGGAAUCUCUCAUUUCUUCCUCUCCAGGAACUUGUCAUCUGCUCCACAAUAGAAGCAUCUUACUGAAAUUUAAAAGCCCUUUCAUUGGCAUUGUUUGUUGGAAAAAGAAUUUGCAAGCUAUUAUUAGAUGCUUGGGCUUUUAAGCUAAAUGCAUUUUGAUUGUGGUUAUAGGAACCUCUGAACUCUACACUAGCCUGAAUGGGAUGUGAAAUGUCUUGGGGCUUUAGGGGAGAGGUGCCAUUCAAGCAAUAAAGCCGAUUCUCUUUCCUUGCUUAGUCUUUGUGUGGCAGCAUCCUGCUACAGUGCACACAACUGUAGUUGCCCAUAGGCAACCUGUCCCAUUGCCAUCUAAAACAGUAGAAUUUAUUCAGAGCAGGCUUUUUGCUGCUUCCACCUCAAUAGAGGCAUUCCAUUCCAUUGUGCAACAGAUACUCUAAAGCUGUAAUCCUGGUGUUUUAUCUGAUUUAUGAAGAGAUCCUAGUGGAGCAGCUUGUAGGACUUCCCAGGGCAGAAAUGCUUACUUGUGACCCUUGGGAGCCUGCUAGGAGCCAUUCUCAGCCCCAACAUAUGGCUGCAUCCUUUUCCAUAAAACAGCUAUUCUGAGCCUAUGGGCCCCUUCUAGCAGGAAGAAGGCAGUUUUCCUUUUGGGCAGCAUACUUUGAUAUGCUAUGCUGUCAAUAAGGGAAAUGUAAGCCAGUGCAAAUUUUAGACAUAAAUGAUAAGGCAUGUGGAUCCCUUAGGAGGCAAAAUAAUACAUAGUUUAAGGUGGAAGACAGCAAUGGCUUUAGAGGGACGAAUUCUGUUUAAGGAAUACGGAGUGUUUUGUAGACAAAAAAGUGUGCACUAAGCUUUUCAUAGUCCUUUGAGCAACAUGGUAGUUGUACCUCAUUGGGUAGCUGAACCACUCUUCUCCUCUGUCUUUAGUUUAAAUGCUUUUCUAACCUUUUGCUCCUGGCAAAGUUGCUGUACUAGCAUCGUUUGCAGGCUGCACUGGAAGCCAAUGAAUGCUAAUGGCACAAUCCUAGCAGUCUUAAAUUGCCACUGGCUACAGUUACAUAUUGCGUAAGGAAAGGCAUCAAACGAGACAAAUGAGUUUCCCUGUACUUUAAGGUGCAGAUAAUAUCUUUGUCAACAGGAAAGCCUUGUUUCUUUUCCAUUUUAGAGUGGUUUGGGACAACACUGUGUUGCAUGAUGACUUCCAGUAACUUUACAAUAGUUUUGAGUAUCCUAAUUACCAUACGGAAAUGUGAAGGGCAGUGAGGUUAGUUUAAAAAUGCCAUCAGUACUCUAUAAACAACUUUUGCCUACAUGGAAUGCAACUGCUUUGUGAUGAGAUAAAUAACUGAGGCCUCCUAAAACCAAACAGGAGUCCUAGUCAGUGAUUAAGAAUCUCCAUGAGCAUUUACAUUUAAUUUAUGCACUGUCAGCUGUAGUCUGUAACCAUGGAGGAGACAAUUAAUAAUGCAGAUCAUGCUAUAACUGCACAACAUGGGAGGCAUUAUGCAAGCAGCAUUGUUAAAGCAAGUAACACAGCCCAUCACAAGAUGAUGAUCUUUGCAUUUCUUGACCUCCACAAUCAGCUUUUGCUGGUGUCAGCUUCUGACCCUGUUGUGCAUGUUAAUGAUGGGCAGCUGAAAAGUUUAGGGGGCAGAGGAGAUGUGAUGCUUGAAUUGAGAAAGGAAGCAGAUUUAACUUGGGCUACUCUAGUUGCACAAUAUGUUAAAAAGCCGAGAGAAAGGGCAAAGCCACUCAACUGAUUUCCAUUAUUUAAUCACCUGCUUAAUUAAUUGCCAUUGUUGGCACUGCUGUCAAGCUCUGUGCACAAAAGGCAGAUCCUCCAAAAGUUACUUUUCACCAUCCAGCUGUCUUGCUAUUUGCUGUUAAUAUUUCAUAGAGAUACUUGUGUAAAGCAAAACUUCCUACCUUCUUAUUAUGAAGCAGAGUCAAGCCAGCAACAUGGAAGGGGCUGCCCACUUACUGACAUGUGUUCCAAGGGGGUCUUUCCGCUCACUCUAUUUCAGGUGCUGCUAGUUGCGCAUGACCACAGUGCCAGAUGUUUGCCAGGGACAAGGCAUGAAUAUCUUCCUAGCAUCUCAAUUCCAUCCUGCUUACCUAAGAUGCCACUGAGCAACACAACUAUAAAUCAGAGUUAAUUUGAAUGAGAUUUAUUUGUCGUAGCUGCCAUCACUGCAGGUAGAGCUAAGCUCUGGAGAAGCUUACCAGAAAGAAGUCAACAAAUUUACAUUUUUGCAGAGACGUAAUUCUAAGGAAGGGUGACAAUUUUAGUAGUCAGUGGGUUUGCUUUCGGGGUGCUGAUCAGUACUGAUCACUACCUUCCAUUCUACUCUAACUCCCUGUGUAACUUGGGGUUGGAUUGUUCCCAUCCCCUUUUAAAGUGCUGUAAUUCUGGUAAAACUGUCAGCUGCUGUGUCAUAGCAAAGCACCCCUGAGCAUUGCCCUUGGAUACCUUUGGGCUAGAACUAGUUUCCAAACAGCAAGCCUAUACACCACAUACACCUGGCAGUGAGUCCCAUUAGUUUCAAUGGAGCUUACUUCUGCAUUGACAAGUUGUGCUACAAGCAAUCUUGGAAAGGUGUGCCUUUUUACUUCGCUAGCUUCCAACUGCAAUGAUAUUUUGAAAAGAAAUUUGUAGACCUAUGAUAGUUCAAAAUAAGUGGAGGAAAGGACAUAUGGUGUUUAAUUCUUUCUGUUGGGAACAGACUGCCCCAAAGGAGCAGCAUCUGACAUGGGCUUUGUUAGCCAGAGUUAAGUCCACAGCCUAAGUGUUGCUGUGAAGCAGCGUUAAUGGACAUGCAGCUUUUCUUAGUCCAGUCUCACAAGGAAUUCUCAAACUCUGACAGACAACUUUUAGGAAGUAGAGGCUAUUUAGCAACUUGUUCUGGCUAUUGCUUUUUUGUUUUGUUUUGAGAAAAGUAUCUGUUCAGAAGAUCUGUUUGUGCCUUAUAAGGUGUCUGUGCACUUUUUAUCCUUUUUAAUGCUACUUUCAAAAAUGGAGAGAGAAAAAGACCCUAAUAGAUGGCUGGUAGUUUUUAUAGAAUUUUAUGUGUUCACCAAGAACUUUGCUCUUUUUUUAUAUUGGAGUGAAAAUUUUAUGUUUUAAUCGAAACUUUGCUGCCGUCCUCCCCCCCAUCUCCUCUUUGUAUAAAGCUUUUUAAAAAGUUUUGAGAUUUCUGAAACUUCUUGAUAUUUUUCUGGUUCAUGACAGUGAUCUGUAUAUCACAUUCUCAAAUAAGCCAGAUUUUAAUCUCUCUGUAAUAGAACUUUCAAUGCAGAUUCUUUGGGGAGGGAAGUUUGCACUUCUCUACAUGUUAAUACUCCCUAGCAUUGUGAUCUGUAGUGUGUGUGUGUACGUUUUUUAUUUUGUUCUGUUUUACAUUAAUAUAAAAUUUUACCUGUUUUAUGAAACAAAUAAAAUGUUGGCUUGUAAAUAUU